AUGGUUCUCUCGCUAUCCUUUACGGUCCUUUCCGUCGCCCUCUGCGCUUCGCUCUCUUCCGCAGCGCCGAUUGUCGACCUUCUCUCGCCCUCUGACAUCGAUGCCAACGUCGGCCCAAUCGUUGCCCCCGUCAAACCCGUCCUCAACACCGGCGUCAACCUGUUGAACAACCUCAAACCUGAUGUCACUGUAAUCGGCGCAAAGAACGCUCGCGACCUCCCUCUCCUCGGCGCCCUCAACAAUGCGGAUGCAAACGUAGGCCUCGACAAGAUCACCGCACCCAUUUCUCCAGUUCUCAACACCGGCGUUAAACUACUCGAAAACGUCAAACCCGACAUCACCAUCAUUGGCGCGAAGAAUGCUCGUUCUCUCCCUCUUGCUGACGUCCUCUCCAAGGCCAAUCUUGACUUGGACGUCGAGGAGAUCUAUGCUCCCGUUCUCCCAGUCCUCAACACCGGCAUCAACGCUUUGAACAGCGUCAAGCCUGAUGUGACUGUUAUCGGUGCCAAAAACGCUAGGGAUGAAGUGUCGAAGCGAACCGAGCCCCACCACCCUACUCCUAGGCCUGUCCACCCCCCUUCCAUCCCCGCCAUCAUCGUCUCUUUGACCGCUCAAUUGAAGCCUCUGCUCGAUCAACUCAAAUCCCUCAUUGGAGGCAAGGCCCAUGGAAAGCCUGGCACGGACAUCGAUAUCGACCUCGUCAUUGAUCUCCUCGCAACUGUUCAAGGUCUCCUAGGCGGUGCUCUCAACGAAAUUAAGGCUCUAAUCAAGCUCGACCUCGAUCUCAAGGGCCUUUUGCAACUCGACGGCAAGGUUCUCGGCUUGCUCGACUUGUCCCGCUUGCUCUCUCAGCUGCUCCAUACUCUGUUCUCUACUGUUGCUGUCCUCCUCGUCGGCCUUGGUGGUGGCCUCCGCGUCAACAUCGUCAAGGGUCUCCUCGCUGGCGUCUUCACUAUCGUCGCAGAGCUCCUCGCUGUUCUCUUUGGCACCGUCAAGGGUCUCAAGUUCGCUCUCGGCCCCCUCCUCGGUGGCGUCCUCGCUAUCCUCCGGGAACUCGACAUCAAGGUCGUCCUCAAGGUCCUUGUCAAUUGA